GCUAAAUUACAUCCUGUUCAAUUGCUCGUUCAACCAUUGACCAUUCAAAUUCGACCUAGGAUUGUCUCUUGAACACGGAGAUUCAGAACAUGAUAUUGAGCAACAAGGUUGCGCCUGCGACAUUUGAUCAUCUGGCUUCUGGUGGUAUACGAAUAAUUUAUAAUCAACAAGAUAAAACAUUUGCACAGCACGCAAUUAUUAAUAACCACGGAAGUAUUCAUCAAGAAGAUAUCAAAGUGUUCUGCACACAAGCCCAAGGAGGGUAUCCACAACAAACUAUUUUAAAUGAACGCAAAGGUGGUAAAGAUUAUGGAAAAUAUUUUAAAUGUUCAUCAUGUGAUAGAACUUUUACAUCAAGGUCAGGAUUAUGGUAUCAUGUACAGCUUGUUCAUGAAGUACAAAACUAUCCCUGUGAUCACUGUUCAAGAAGCUUCAGAUUGAAGCAAUAUCUCAUUGCACAUGUGCAACAAGUACAUGAAAAAAGAUUAGCGAAAUGUGAAGAAUGUGGAGCGACAUUUGCUUCUUUGGGCAAUUUAAAGAAACAUGAGAAAAGCAUACAUGGAGGCCGGCUUUUCGACUGCCCUUCCUGUGAUCGUUCCUUCACUUCUAGAUCUGGCUUGUGGUACCAUAUUCAUCUUGUUCAUGAUGUACAAUCCUUUCAAUGUGAUGUAUGCUCCAGAACAUUUGCAUUACGAGUUUAUCUUCACGCUCAUGUACAACAAGUUCAUGGAAAAAGAAUGGUUAAAUGUGAACAGUGUGGUAAUUUUUUCUUGUCUGGGAGUACUUUCAGAAGACAUGUAGAAACUCAACACAAAGGCGUGAAACUUCCACCCAGUAAUAAUUAUAACUCUCCAGUUGAUCGGAAACCAUCUGGAUUAAGACCACCCGUAGGCGAAGUGAUAUUCAAGUGUGCCAGUUGUAACAAAUCUUUUGCUUCGAGAUCUGAUGUCGCAGUGCAUUACAGACAUGUACAUGCUCUCAAAUAUAUUAAAUGCGCAGAAUGUGAUCGAACUUUUACGUCAAAAUCCAGUUUGCAAAGUCAUGUACGCGUAGCACAUCCCGAUGAUGAUGAAGAAGAGGAAGCAGAAGAGGAAAUGGUGGAUAUGCCAUUACCCUCUAAAAAAUCUCCUGUAAAAACUGUCACUAUCCUCCUUUUCCGAACAAAUAAAAAUCUCCGUCUUCAAAAUCCUCCUGUUUCAUAAAUCUAAUUUUGCUAUAAUGAAUUAUUAUUUCGCAGUGCACAUAUUGUAUUGUAUUGUAGAUUCUUGUGGAUCAGAUAUUUUGUUUUUAUUACUAUUAAUUUUGAUAAAUGUAUAAAUUUGUUUUUACCAUUGUGUUGAUAUUAUUGACGAAAGAAUGAAAUAAAAGAUAACUGUAUAUA